AGGGCUGCAUCUGGGCUGCUCUUGCCCUCCUGAGUUAUAUUUUGAGCUGAUUUAAAGACUUCAAGAUUAAAGGGGAAAAAAAUCAUCUUCAGGUUUUUGCCUCUGCUCCAAAAUUCAUUUUGUGGUUUGGAUAGCUCCGGGAAAAGAAGGGGAAACAAAAUAAAGAUGUCUGAACACAGCAAAAAUUCUGAUCAAGAUGAAUCUCUCGGGGAGGAUAUUGAUGAAGAUGAAAUCCUGGCUAACUUGUCCCCCGAGGAACUCCGAGAACUGCAGUCAGAGAUGGAAGUCAUGGCUCCCGACCCCCGACUCCCAGUGGGAAUGAUUCAGAAAGAUCAGACGGAGAAGCCCCCCACUGGCAACUUUGAUCAUCGAUCUCUCGUCGAUUAUAUGUAUUGGCAGAAGGCAUCCAGGCGCAUGCUGGAGGACGAGAGAGUCCCCAUCACCUUUGAAUCAUCUAAGGAAAACACUGCAGAUGUUCAUGAAGAAACAGACAAGGACAAUACACAUGCGCCAAGGGCUUUAAUGACAAAACUCACUAAAGAAAAUGAGAAGAACGAACCCAAGUCAAAUAACACCGAAAAGAUUCAAGAAAAAAAAGAUGAUGAUGGAGGUGAAGAGGAGGAUGAAGGUGAGGAGGAAGAGGAUGAAGGCGGUGAUGAAGAUGAGGAAAAUGAAGAUGCAGAGGAUGCCGGAGAAGAGGAGGACAGAAGAAUGAAAGAGGAGGAGGAAAAGAAAGCCAGAGAAAAACAGAGGGAGGAAAAUAAAAACAAUUUAAAGUUACUGACAAAACUCUUUGCAGAGGCAAAAGAGAGCCCUAUAUCCCUAGAAAAAAGCGAAAACAAAAUCUCAAAAUUGGAUCCCAAGAAAUUGGCCCUGGAUACCAGUUUUAUGAAAGUGAGCGCCAGACCUUCGGGGAACCAGACGAAUCUUGAUGAAAGUUUGAGGCGAGUGCGCAAAAAUGAUCCGGAAAUGAAAGAACUCAACCUGAAUAACAUCGAGAACAUCCCCAAAGAGAUGCUAUUGGACUUUGUUAAUGCCAUGAAGAAAAAUAAGCACAUCAAAACAUUUAGUUUAGCCAACGUGGGUGCGGACGAGAGCGUCGCCUUCGCAUUGGCCAACAUGCUACGGGAAAAUAGAAGCAUCACUACUCUCAAUAUCGAGUCCAAUUUCAUUACGGGCAAAGGCAUCGUGGCCAUCAUGAGGUGUCUCCAGUUUAACGAAACAUUAACGGAGCUCCGCUUCCACAACCAAAGGCACAUGCUGGGCCACCACGCAGAAAUGGAGAUAUCGAGGCUCCUGAAGGCCAACAGCACUCUCCUGAAGAUGGGCUACCAUUUUGAGCUUCCCGGUCCUAGGAUGGUGGUCACCAAUUUGCUAACCCGAAAUCAAGAUAAACAAAGACAGAAAAGGCAAGAGGAACAAAAGCAACAGCAACUUCGAGAGCAGAAGAAGUUAAUAGCCAUGUUAGAGAAUGGCCUGGGGUUGCCUCCUGGGAUGUGGGAGAUGCUCGGAGGUCCAAUGCCGGAUCCCAGAAUGCACGAGUUAUUGCAGGCUCCUCAAAUGCCCGGCUCCCAAAUGCCCCCGUUCAACCUUAACCGGAGAAAUGAAAUCAGCAAGAAGCCUGGUCCACCCGAGCCAUACAGAACUGACCCAGACUCCUUCAAAGUGGUCAAACUGAAGAGAAUCCAGCGGAAAUCUCGGAUGCCGCCCGAAGGCCAAGAGCCCGCUGAAAAAACCAACCUCAAGGAUGUCAUCAAAACCCUCAAGCCUGUGCCUAGGAUUAGACCUCCGCCUCUGGUGGAGAUCACGCCCCGAGACCAGCUUCUGAAUGACAUCCGGCACAGUAACGUGGCCUAUCUCAAACCCGUGCAACUUCCCAAAGAACUGGCAUAGGGGACACAGAAGGACAAGAAACACAGGUUGUACCACCAUUGCCAGAAAGCGUUUCGAGGGCCCUUCUUCAGGAUCUUGGUGUCGGACAUGGGAACAAUGCACAAAACAACACGUGGCAUUCGUUAAAAUCCGUGUGUUUGCCCAACCACAGAAGAGUGUUUGUUGUGAGAUCUGGAGAAGAAAUAAUCCUAAAAGUUUAAUUUCUUGGGGGUAUGAUUGCCUUAUUUCACGUGUAUUUUGGUGAACUAGUUAAACAUACAGUAACAUUUCCAGAGGAGAAAACAAGUGGAAAUUGUAUGAAUCUCUUCAUUCGAUUGUGUUGUCUUGGACACUGCUUUCUACCAAUAAAUACGUGAGAAACAGUAA